AUGCUGUUUUCGAAGAAAGUGGGAACCCUUGAUCUUAAACGGGGUGCUCGCUCGCUUGUGGAUUACGUUAUCGAGUCGCGAUUAGAGAGCCAUAUGGACAGGCGCAGAACCGCAAAUCGUUAUGCAUCCUCUGCUGUGUCCUUGGGUGUUAAGUUAUCUCACACCGGGCUUUCACAGAUAUCCCUCCAAAGGCCGACGAAAAAUAAGAUUGGCAGGACUACUCCGCCCCCAGACUCUGAUCUCCAAGGAGGAGACUGCACCAUCUUCAAUCCUACCCUCAACCCAUGGGGCCUAUCUAGGUUGACCUUGGUGGCUGUGGCAAGUACAGAGUCGGAACUAAAUUUGUCGAUCAAAUCCGCUCUUACGGAGAUUGACAUACUUGCAACCAUGGGACUAAUAGAGUUACAUAUAGGAAUCCCACGGAGCACCAAGCAACGAUAUCGGGACCUGGCGAAGAAUAUGGAUCGAGAAUUCAGGGCAAAUCUAAAAUUCCAUGUUUCCUGA